UUUUUCUGUCUCUUCCGGUUCUCGCGUUCACGAGCGUCGAGAAAUAUUAUUUAUUUUGCAUACUUUUUAGCAGUUUGUUGAUAGUUUCAUCCCGUAAAACUACUUCUAGAUACUACUUCUCUGAUUAACGAACUGUUAAUCAUUUCAUCGACAUAAAUGUUCGUGUGGUUCAGGAGUGGUGUUGAUGUGAACUUUGCUCUGUGUUUAUAAGUGUGAGGAUCAUUAUUAAACUCUACUGCACGACUCUUACAGUCUUGAUCACACAGGAGUCCAACAGGAUGUCUGCGGUUACAAUAACAGAGGGACGGGUGAGUGUGGCGAUGUGCAGCCAGUCUCUGUUUUACCGUGAGGCUUUUCCCACAGCUGGAGAGCAGAAGUUGUGUGUUUUGCUGCUGCAUGGAAUCCGUUUCUCCUCAAAGAACUGGCUGACUAUCGGCUCUCUGAACGCUCUGGCUGCAGCUGGAUACAGGGCCUUGGCUAUAGACCUGCCAGGCCUGGGUGAGUCAAAGGCAGCAGAAGCACCUGCAGUGGUGGGUGAACCGGCCCCUGCUGAGUUUCUGAAGCAGGUGUGUGAUGGCUUGAACACUGGGCCUGUAGUGGUGAUCAGCCCCUCUCUCAGUGGCAUGUAUUCGCUGCCCUUUCUCUUCCAGCACUCUGAGCAAUUGAAAGCCUAUAUUCCUGUAGCUCCCAUCUGCACGGACAAGUUCCAGGCCGAACAGUACAAGGCUAUACAGGUCCCCACUCUUAUCGUGUAUGGAGAUCAGGACACUCAGCUAGGCGAACUGUCACUAAACAAUCUGAAGAAUCUGCCCAAUCACAAGGUGGUGGUGAUGAAGGGGGCCGGGCAUCCCUGUUACCUUGACGACCCCGUGACUUGGCAUAAAGUUCUUCUUGAGUUUUUGCACACACUUUUGUAAUCUAAACACUAAUAGCCACAUCACCUUUAACUGUGGGGUGAUUUAUAUAUUGAUUUUUAUUCCGAUUAAAUGGUAUGUUCAUUCUCAUGCCAGUUUAGUUCCUACCCAUUACUUACUUCAUUAUCCAGGUCUCUCUAUGUCGCAUAGAAAAAGCAAAAUCCCUCGCCUAAGUGAAACCUUGCACCACUUGGGUGCCAGCCUUUUCAAUAACAUGCACACAUUCGAUUUACUUCAUUUUAGAUCAUAAUCAUCUAAUAAGAUCUGUGUUAUCCACCUUUUCUGCUGCUUUACCCGAAAUAUUUUCUUAAUGUUUAUGUUGUAUUUUAAUGUCAAAAUCACACCAUGAAUAAACACACAGCCCAGACUGA